UUGCACCGUGCUUCCAGUGUUCCAGAGCGUGUCUAUAACAUGGGGAUUACUGAAAAUGAUUUUGCACCAAGAACUCCCUAUGGUUUCUCAUAUUAUCAGUCAAACCAGGUGGCCUCACCAUCCUCUUACGCAAAUGGCUGGGGGACGAGGAUUACGUACAAGGCAGUGGAAGAGAGAGCUCAAAGGCAGCCUCUGAAGAGGCUGGAGGUUUCACCCCAACGAAGUCCUGAAAGAUUGGCAUACGUGUCCAAUGAUUUUCACUAUGACGGAGGGAUUUCUACAGGAUUCUCCAUGAGGCAUGGAGAUAGCAGGAGAUCCAGUGGGACUGUCCCACCAAGAUAUGCUCGGUCGGAGAUUGUUGGUUACACUCUUCGUGAUUCAAGGGGACGCUCUUUUAAGAGACACUCCCACAUGGGGGCUAUUAAUGAUGCCGUCCUUGAUGGUGUUUACCCCAGCCCCACUGUACCUCUGUACCAUCAAGCAGGCAACAGUCGCAGUAUGACCAACCUUUUGGAGAAGGAGAACUACCUGACCUCGGGCAGUGCGAUGGGACAAGUGAGAUCACCAAUUGCUUCCCGUUUGGGGUCUCAGAACAGGCAAUCUUUAAGGUCCAACUGGUACCAAACUACUUUCAGAAGCACACAGACCAGGAGGGAGGCUUCCCAGCCAGCUUCAAUAACCAGUUUCGCUGCAGAAACAGAUGGGAAGAGGAUGCCACUGACAGCUGCUGUGGCAGCAGCAGGGAGAAAUGGUUUCCUGCAGAGUGAACAAGUCACCAUCAAUGGAUCUCAGCUAGGGAGCCCAGAAGGGGAGAUGACUCUGGAGCGUGCAGUGAGCAUACUGAAGAGUGAAAAUACACAGUCCACACCUCGGAUUCUUGCUGCAGUGACUUUCAUACAGCAUGAGUGCUUCCAGAAAGCAGAUGCCAGAAGAAAAGUUUUCUCGCUUGGUGGUAUCCCCAGACUUUUACAGCUUCUUGACGUUCAGAACGAGGACAUUCAGCGGGCAGCGUGUGGUGCUCUGAGAAACUUGGUGUUUGAGGACAAUGACAACAAACUGGAGGUGUCAGAGCAGAAAGGGAUCCCACUCUUGCUCCGCCUACUCCGACACACCAGGGAUGUAGAGACUAAAAAGCAAAUAACAGGUUUGUUGUGGAAUUUGUCCUCCAAUGACCAGCUGAAGAACCUGUUGAUUAGAGAAGCCCUGCAGACACUGACCGAAGCUGUUCUCAUCCCUUACUCUGGUUGGCCAGAUCGAGAUUACCCAAAGUCAAGUGUUUUAUCUGACCCUGAUAUCUUCUAUAAUGCCACAGGAUGCUUGAGAAACAUGAGCUCUGCUGGCCCAGAAGGAAGGAAAAAGAUGAGAGAAUGUGACGGCCUGAUUGAUUCUCUGGUGUAUUAUAUUCAAGGAGCUAUUGCAGACCACGAGCCUAAUGACAAGGCCACAGAGAACUGUGUGUGCAUUCUUCACAAUCUUUCCUACCAGCUAGAGAUAGAACUCCCCGAGAGCUAUGCCCAGAGCAUAUAUAUGCAAAGAAGAAAUAUUUCUAGCAAUGCUAAAACACCAGGCUGUUUUGGAACACGGAGCAGAAAAGUAAAGGAGAAGCAGCAGGACACUCCGCUACCUGAGGAAAAGAGCAACCCCAGAGGUGUCGAAUCACUCUGGCAUUCCACACUGAUUAGGAUAUAUCUCUCCUUAAUAGCAAAGAGUACCAGAAACUAUACCCAGGAAGCAUCCCUGGGAGCUCUUCAGAACCUCACAGCUGGCACUGGACCAAUGCCGUUCGCGGUGGCCCAGACUGUUGUUCAGAAGGCAAAUGGCCUUCCAAGUAUUCGAACUAUGCUGCACGUAAGCCACCCAACAGUAAAGAAGACGGCAAUCUCACUGCUCAGGAACUUGUCUCGCAACACCUCUCUGCAAGGUGAUAUAGCUAGAGAAGUUUUGCCUGAUUUGGUCUCGAUACUUCCCGAGUCUGUCCCAGUGUCUGAUAUUGUCUGUGAAACCGCAGCGUCCGUCUGCUACACCUUGUACAAUUUGACACAGAGCAGUUCUCACAAUGCGCGGCUUCUCCUAAGUGCUGAUGGCGUACCGAAGAUUAUUACCAUGAGCAUGAAUGACAGUAAUACGUUCAGCAAAGCUAGUAGGGCUGCUUCAGUCCUCCUCUACUCCUUGUGGUCACAUACCGACCUCCACAGUGCUUACAAAAAGGCUGACUUUAAGAAGGCAGAUUUCAUCAACACCCGGACCACAAAAGCCUAUAACUCACUAAAAGAUUGA